AUGGACUCUCUGAAGGAGCUAGAAGGCAAACGAGUACAUGAUCCUUUGAUCCAUUUCCAAUCCAAAACAGACAUGGCAGCUGCUAAAACGACGAGGCGUAUAUUGGUUCCGGGGCCGGUGAUAGUCGGAGCAGGCCCUUCCGGCCUAGCCGCCGCAGCUUGUCUCAAGGAAAAAGGUAUUCCGAGCUUAAUCCUCGAAAGGGCUAACUGCAUAGCUUCGUUGUGGCAGCUCAAGACGUACGACCGUCUCCGUCUUCAUCUCCCUAAGAAGUUCUGCGAGCUCAUUCUCAUGCCAUUCCCUGCAGAUUUCCCAACCUACCCAACCAAGCAGCAGUUCCUCGGUUACUUAAAAGCUUAUGCCGAGCGUUUUGAUCUGAAGCCGGCUUUCAACACGACGGUGGUGAGUGCCAAGUACGACACUUGUUCCGGACUUUGGCUCGUCAAGACUUUGGGGUUGAAAAACGAGGAGGAGAUUGAGUACGUUUGUCAGUGGCUAAUCGUCGCCACCGGAGAAAAUGCCGAGGAGGUUGUGCCGGAGUUUGAAGGAACGAAGGACUUUGGCGGGCCCAUUGUUCAUACCAGCUCUUACAAGAGCGGCGAGAUGUUCCGGGAGAAGAAGGUUCUAGUUGUCGGAUGUGGGAAUUCAGGCAUGGAGGUCUGCUUGGAUCUCUGCAACUAUAAUGCAAAGCCUUCACUUGUUGUUAAAGAUUCGGUGCACAUCUUGCCGCAGGAGAUACUGGGAAUAUCGACUUUUGGGCUGUCGAUGUGGUUGCUCAAGUGGUUUCCCAUGCGCCUUGUGGAUCGCUUCUUGCUUCUCGUCUCACGCUUUCUGCUCGGCGACACCGCUCGCUUUGGAAUCCACCGCCCUCGCCGUGGCCCUCUCGAGCUCAAGUCCGUCACUGGCAAGACACCUGUGCUUGAUAUUGGAACCCUCGCUAAGAUCCGAAGUGGUCACAUCAAGGUGUGCAAGGCGAUUAAGCAAGUAAAACAUCAGUCCGUUGAGUUCAUAGACGGGAAAGUGGAGAGUUUCGACGCCAUCAUUUUGGCAACCGGUUACAGAAGUAAUGUGAUGUCUUGGUUGAAGGAAACGAGCAUGUUUAGUGAGAAAAAUGGAUUGCCGAGGAAGGCAUUUCCGAACGGGUGGAAAGGGGAGAGCGGGUUGUAUUCUGUGGGGUUUACACAGCGUGGCCUGCUAGGAGCUUCAAUGGAUGCAAAGAGAAUAGCAGAAGAUAUCGAGCAUCGCAGGAAAGCUGAAAAGGCCACCCAUAUCAUGCCCCGCUUGGUCACUUGUGCUUCUCCACUAGCACAACCCUAG